AUGAAAAGUAUAACACUGAUAGCUGCUUCCCUUUUGAUAUGGUCAGCACAACUCGCCAUCGCUGAUAAAGCCACAGACAAGAAAGAAACAGCAGAUAGUCACACUGUCUAUAAGGUGGUCAAGCACAUCGAUGAAGCGCCUGUUGCUACUUCCACUGCAGAGAUACAUCCCAUUGUUAUCAAAGGCUCAAAAUUUUUUGAUUCGGUUACCAAGGAUCAAUUUUAUGUCAAGGGAAUCGCCUAUCAACCACGAGGCAUGGCUUCUGCAGACACCUUCUCUGACCCUCUUGCUGACCCAGAGAUGUGUAAAAAGUCAGUUGAACUCAUGAAGCCGCUUGGUAUCAACGUCAUUCGUGUAUAUCAGGUUGAUCCAAAGCAAAACCAUGAUGAGUGCAUGAAGCUUUUCUUCGACGCCGGUAUAUAUUUGCUUUUGGAUAUCGCCACACCCAAAAUGUUCAUCAACAGAAAUGCACCAGAGUGGACAGUAGACCAUUACAAGGCCUAUACUGAGACUGUUGACGCUUUCAUCGGUUAUCAAAAUCUGUUUGCAUUUUUUGCUGGUAAUGAAGUGACUACAAACACUAGUACCACCGAGGCUUCCGCAUUUGUAAAGGCGUCCUUGCGCGACAUCAAGAAAUAUAUCAAAUCGAAGAACACUCGCGAAAUACCCGUAGGCUAUGCCAAUAAUGACGACCCGGAGAUUCGCGACAAUAUCAGGGAUUAUUUUAAUUGUGGAGACGAUGCAGACGCACGAGCUGACUUUUAUGGAAUCAACAUCUACGAGUGGUGCGGAGAAUCUAGCUUUGACGAAUCUGGUUUCUCAAAUCGUACAAAAGAACUUGAGAAUUACAGCAUACCAGCCAUUCUCUCAGAAUACGGAUGCAAUUUGAAAACACCACGACCUUUCAAUGAAGUGGAGGCCAUUUACGGUCCUGACAUGACCGGCGUAUGGUCUGGUGGAAUUGCAUAUGAAUGGACCGAAGAAGAGAACAACUACGGUUUAGUUAAAAUUGAAAACGGUCAAGUCAAGCCCCUAGAUGACUAUCGUAAUUUACUAUCAUACCUACCAUUCGUAACUCCAGAAGUCAUCAAGAUGGAUGCUUACGACGUAAAGCGGUCUCAGCAAAGCUGUCCUGGUAUAACAGAGAAAUGGAAGUCGCAUAUUGAAUUGCCACCAGCGCCGUCGAGUGGCGCUUGCGAAUGUAUGGUGAACGCACAAAGCUGUAUUACAGCAGAGUCUGCUAAUAACGGAAGCAGCAUUGGAGCACAAAUCGGCAUGCUUUGCGGUUUGAUGCCUUGCGACAUCAUUUCAACAAACGCUAGCCAAGGUGUAUACGGCAACUACUCAUUCUGUUCAGGUGCUGACAAACUCUCUAUCCUCUAUGGAUCGUAUGCCGAAGCAGAUGCUUCAAAAUGUGGAUUCGAGGGAAAUGCCAAACUAGUUACUCCCUCCCUCAUUGGCUCAAAAGAUCAAUGCGCAAAAAUAGCUCCUGGUUCCAAUGCACCAAAGGGAGGCGUUGGCAGCAAAGCUAUAGUUGAGCAACCAAAUGCAGAUACAUAUCUGCUACCCAGUCUGUUUACAGUUUGCGCAAUGCUCUCCAUUGCAAGCGCGCUACUUCAGAUGCAUUGA